GCCGCGUCCGGCUCCGUGCCCGCGUGACGAUCACCAACCCAUUGAGUGAAAACACAAAGUUGAGUGAAAUUAAAAGCCAGAGGAACGUAUUUAACAGCACAAUUUACACCCCCACCUACUGAGAGGGGUUGGGGUUUGUCAUCCUGGGCCUCUUUUCUACAAGCUUUUCCGUUCCCAAAAUGACAGCUUUUGUGCCAAAGCACGGCUGGAGGAGGCAGGAGGUGCCGCCUGCACUUUUCUGGCCCCUUUUCUGCCUGAGCAAGACAGGGCUUGCUGCCGUGGACGUGUUCAAGCAAAUCUUACUCGGGUUUUGCUUUGUCCCUUUGCGUUGGAACAUCCUUAAUCCUUGUAAUCUCCCUGCAGGCUCCUCUGCCGGGUGGAAAUCCCGGCGGGUGGCUCCGUCUGACACGUGGAUGUGGACACGGGGAAGGGGGGAUAACGCGGACGUGUCCAUUCCUGCAAAUACCACCCUGAUCCCAAUUCUUACCCUUGUACCUUUUUCAGCCCAGAACGUGACUGUGGAUGAGAUCAUGGCCGCCUACAAGCAAGCCUGCCAGAAGCUCAACUGCAAGCAGAUUCCCAAACUACUGAAGCAGAUACAGGAAUUUAAAGAUCUGGCUCCCAGGAUAGACUGCUUAGAUCUGAAAGGGGAGAAGCUGGAUUACAAAGCCUGCGAGGCCCUGGAAGAAAUUUUCAAGCGGGUCCAGUUCAAAAUUGUUGAUUUGGAGCAAACAAGCUUGGAUGAAGACGGCGCCUCGGCGUUGUUUGACAUGAUCGAGUAUUACGAGUCGGCCACGCACCUCAACAUCUCCUUCAACAAGCACAUCGGCACCCGGGGCUGGCAGGCGGCCGCCCACAUGAUGAGGAAGACGAACUGCCUGCAGUACCUGGACGCCCGAAACACGCCUUUGCUGGACCACUCAGCCCCCUUCGUGGCCCGUGCCCUGCGCAUCAGCAGCAGCCUGGUGGUCCUGCACCUGGAGAACGCCAGCCUCUCGGGACGCCCCCUCAUGCUGCUGGCCACGGCUCUGAAGAUGAACAUGAACCUGCGGGAGCUGUACCUGGCCGAUAACAAGCUGAACGGGCUGCAGGACUCGGCGCAGCUCGGCAACCUGCUGAAAUUCAACUGCUACAUACAGAUACUCGACCUGAGGAACAACCACAUCCUGGACUCAGGCUUGGCGUACAUCUGCGAAGGGCUGAAGGAGCAGCGGAAAGGGCUGGUCACUCUGGUUUUGUGGAACAACCAGCUGACUCACACCGGCAUGGCCUAUCUGGGGAUGACGCUGCCUCACACUCAGAGCCUGGAGACCUUGAACUUGGGCCACAACCCCAUCGGGAACGAAGGCGUCCGCAACCUGAAGAACGGGCUGAUCGGGAACCGCUCUGUCCUUCGCCUGGGCUUGGCGUCCACCAAACUGACCUGCGAAGGUGCGGUGGCCGUGGCCGAAUUCAUCGCCGAGAGCCCGCGGCUGCUUCGCCUGGACCUGCGAGAGAACGAGAUCAAGACGGGGGGGCUCAUGGCCUUGUCGCUGGCUCUGAAGGUCAACCAUUCCCUGCUGCGCCUCGACUUGGACAGGGAGCCCAAGAAGGAGUCGGUAAAAAGUUUUAUUGAAACGCAGAAGGCUCUCCUGGCCGAGAUCCAGAACGGCUGCAAGCGCAACUUCAUCCUGGCCAAGGAGAAGGAGGAGAAGGAGCAGAAGCUGCAGCAGUCGGCCUCGAUGCCGGAGAUCACCGUGACAGAGCCUCUGGAGGAGGGACUGGCAGAGGAGAGCGGGGACAGCGGGGCCACCCCGGCUCUGGAAGAGGGGGAAGAAGCCGGGGAGACCCUGACGGCCUCUGAGAACGGGGACGCGGAGCCGGUGGAGGACGAUGAUGACAAUGGAGGUGACGUGACAGACUCUGAUUCAGACACAGACGAGGAGGCGGACGCCGGGUUGGAGACGAAGGACUUGAGCGAGCAGCCGGGACGCCCCGACUCCGCCGACGGCGCAGCCACGCUCCAGCCGUCGCCGGAGAAGCCGAAGGACCGGCCGCCCCCCCUGCGCAUCGCCGAGGAAUCACCGAGUCCUGCUGCCUCUGCGCCCCCCCAGGGAAACGAGAGAAGGAUUUCGGUUUCCAGCCCUGGGCGAGGCCAUAAAAUCUUCGUGGUGACGCGAGUGGAGACGCUGCCGGAUCGAGCCGCCGACGCCGCGCACCCACGGGAGGACACCGGUGCUGCCGCGGCCAAACCCACCGAGCCCCAGAGCACGGCCCCGGCUGCAAAACCCCAGCUCCCGGCGCCCCGGGCGAACGGAGCUGUUCCCGAAUCCGCUGCCGGCUGCAGCGCGGAGGGAGACCCCCGCGACACCCCCCUCCCCAACGGGCUGAAGACGGAUUUUGCUCGAGCGCUGCCGGAGGCGGCCUCGGACGGCGAGGGGAAAACGGGGAGCUGCGCCGCUGAGCACGAGCUGAGCUGCUCCAAGAACGAGCGGGAGCUGGAGGAGCUGCUCCUCGAGGCCAGCCAGGACGCGGGGCAGGAGCUGCUGUGACCGCAGGUCCUCAGGUGUCGAGGGGAGGCUCCGGUGUAGCUUUAUUCUAUUCCUACUCCACGCAACGACUAAGAAACCAACCUCGGGCUUCAGGACAAAGGGUUCUUUUAAAAAAAAAAAAAAAAAAUUCCCAAACAGUUUCCUGCCCCCGGACUCUUCCCCAGGCGCCCGACUCGCCCCCCCCCACGCGUGGAGGGACCCCGCUGUGUCCCCAGGGCCACGGAGGGAAGGGAAGGAGAGCAGAGGAAAAUGACGGAGACGGAGACGUCAGGGCUCCCGGCCGUCCCUGCCCUCGCCGACACCACCCGACACCUUUGCCUUUUCUUUUUCUAUCUUUCUGCGAGGAGGAGACCCCGCGCCGGGGCCGGGGCGGCGUCGGUCCCACCGGGAGAUCUCAACCAGACACUACAGGGCCCGAGGUGCCGGGAGGAGGAUCGCUCACCCCAGGGGAGCAUCGCUCACUAAAGAUACCCAGGACAGGCUGCAUCCGCAGCCACAAUGGUUAUUUAUUUUUUUUUUUUAAGUUCCUUUUUGGAACUUAAAACUUUUUCCUUUUCGUUUGUUUGUUUGUUUGUUUUGUUUUGUUUUCAGUAUAUAUUUAUCUUCAGCUGCAAAGUUACUGGGUUGGGGAUUUAGAGGAUGGUGUUAGAAUGAAUUCCUUCUGGGCUGACCUGCAACCGAGCUCCUGCUCCUGGGCUGUUGGAAAAAAAUAUCCCAGAAACACAGAAAAAACAGCACUGGUGGAGCCCCCCCCACCAUGUAACCCCCCCCUUGGGGCUGGGGAGAGGGCAGGGUUGGGAGAGGAGCUUCCUCGCAGCCGGCCGUGCCGGCACGGCGUCUUCCCAGCGAGGUGGGGACCCCCUUGGCGCGUUGGUGCCCCGAGGGGGGAGCAGGAGCCGGUUCCCCGGCCGGACACCGCGACCCUCGUCAUCCCCCGUCCCGGCUUCCCAACCCCGGGGGAUCCCUGGGGAAAACCGGCCGGAGAAGGGGCUGCGGUGGCCCUGGGCGCAGGGUGGGCGUCCGCUGGCGAGGACGCGUCGCUUUUUUUUUCUUUCUUAAGUGCAAUAAAUCUAUCAGGGAGCUGCGGGGGCGGCUGGGGGGGCGGCGGCGCUGACACUACGGCCAUGGAUCUGCUGGUGUUCGUCAUUUCUUUCUGUCGUGUAUUUUUGUUAACACUGUUUUCUAUUAAACGAGAUCUGCAUUCGUCA